AUGGCCCGGUCACACACUUGCAGCUUCGUCACGCAGCGGUUGAGCAUAUCCCCAGGAGUACUACAGUCGCCUAUAAGAGACUACGACGAAUCAUUGGCAGAGCUGGGUCCCAGCCCGAGCCCCGAUCCCCUUGCUGAUGUCCCGGACACCACACAGUCAUCACGUCGGGAUCUCUGCUCCGACAGUGACGCUCCCGAGAACUUCAUGUGGCCACGAUUUCUAUCCAGACUUAGAAACGCAUUCUAUCUCGAGCCAAAUUCGUCACCCGCCGAGAGAGAAAUUGCUAGACUUGAAGCUCGCUCGUCGCGAGCCACUGCCUCUCACCAGUCUGCGGAAGCAAUCCGCUUGCAGGCGGCCACUGAAAGCCUCCCACCCAGAUCUGUAGCCAUCUUUCUGAGCAAGCUCUGUAUUCAACAUGGAACCGACUGCUUCUUCUACUUUGAUCAACCUUCUUUCUUGGCUGAGGUGGAGGAGUUUUACAACGACUUGAGCUCACCUCUUCGACGGGAUCCCAGCUUCCUAUGUCUUUUGCUGUCAGUUCUUGCUCUGGGAGCUCACUGGAGUCCGCGAGCCCGACCAUCCGCUCUGUCUGGGUCUCUUCAAAUUCCAGCGGAAGACCCUGGACAGGUAUUUUGCGGUCAUGCUCGGAUCUUGAUGGCAGACACCAUGGAUAGAGUGAGUAUGUACUCUGUCAAAGCGGCGUUCGUCCUUGGGAUAUACCUUAUGCCGUCGAGUGCGGUAGGGGCCUCAUACCUGUAUAUGGGUCUUGCCUUGAGGAAAGCCAUCGCUCUUGGACUGCAUCACGAAUCAGAAGAGCCGGACACCGACAGCCAUGAGAGGGAAACGAGACGAAGGUUAUGGUGGGCUAUAUUUUCUCUCGAAAGAUCGAUAUCUCAGGAUGUCAUGACAGCUCAUCUGCCUCAGCGCCGAGCAACUGAUGCCCUGCAAAGCUUCGAUAACUUGGAUCACCAAGUAGCCAACGCGCAAUUUGUCAAAAUCAUUGACACUCUCAUUGAGCCGGCUACGUGGUCAAGCAAUUCUCAACCCCCUCUGCAAGACUUUGAGAUUUCACUAAAAACCUGGAAACGAUCUCUGCCUCCCAACUUACGUCUCCCAAACGUGGAACCUCGCUCGCCAUACUAUCGCGCCGUAUUCCACCUCUACCUGAACUACUACUUUGCUUGGAUUGCGAUAGGUAAAACUUCUGUCGUGACAAAGAUUCGGAGCCAUUUACGGUCAGCUGCAUCAGGCUUACCGGAGCCUCAAACGACGAAAGAUGAUGAUAUAACGCGGCAAUUCAGAUCAUGUGGCAUCGCGGCAAAGAAGAUGUUGAACAUACUCGAAGACGCUAGUCAAUCUGGAAACAUGGCCCCAAGAUCCUUUACGGACUUUCAGGGUUGCAGUAUCGCCACAAUCAUCGUGAUACUUACCGGCAUUCUGGAGCGAGACUCGGCCUACGAUGCCCGAGUCGCCUUCGGUCUGCGCUGUCUCAGAAGGAUGGCUGACUUGCACAUGGCUGGUCGAAUGGCAGUACGAUUUGUAGAGGCACUCAUCUCCAUCGCCGAGGAGGCACGGGCCAAGGCCAAGCCGUUCGGUUCGACACAAUUCGAUGGGGAUGUCAACCAAGAGGCUUCUGAGUACCUUCUCUGGACAGACUGGCUGAACAGGAACACAGACACAUCUGGAACUGAAAGAAAUCGAUCCAAUGCAACCAGACAACGGUCGCGUGCUCAUUCAGAAGCUGCACAAGCUGCUUCUGGCGCAUCGCCAAUGUGGGAGGAAGCUGCUGCAUUGCUCCAGCUUCGAAACCCAUCUACACCCAACCAAGCACUCGUGGUUGAAGAUGUUGCACUGCCAACGGCUGCGCCUGAGUUACCAGAAGAGGCACCGUUCGAUCUAGGUCUGGAUGCUGACUUCCCUCCGGCCACUUUUGCCGAGAAUCACAUGCAACUGAUGGGUCUCACUGGUAUGGACAUGUUGGAUUUUACAUUUGACAUCUAA